AUGAAAAUAAAUGAAAAGAAUUUGUGCGCUUUCGCAUCGUCUGCGACGCCUGUGGAUCGCGACGGAUGGCUGGAUAUGAGGGGCGAAGUCGGCAAAAGUUAUCAGAAACGAUGGUUUGUUUUGAAAGGGAAUCUUCUGUUUUAUUUCGACAAGAAAGGAGACAAAGAACCAGUGGGAGUGAUCGUUUUGGAGGGAUGUACCAUUGAGCUGACAGAAGAAGAAGCAUACAGCUUCAAGAUAGUUUUCCAAUGUGAGAAUGGCCGUACAUAUUACUUAUGCACUAACUCCCAGGCUUCCAUGGAAACCUGGAUGAAAGCACUGGCUUGUGCAAGCUAUGACUAUAUGAAGCUAAUGGUUUCAGACCUGCAGAGACAGUUGGAUGAAGCUCAAGCUGAAGCAGCGGCCGAAGCAGCAUUAGUAACAAUCACAUCCCCUGAGGAGGAGCCCAAGGUACCACCAAGAGGUCAACGUUACAAUCCUUUUAACAGGGUCACAGAAAGUGAUACUAAGACUGUACAAGGAAGCAGACACCAUAAAGAAAACCUGCGACCAGAUUUGGCUCUUAAGAAAGUAAAUUUCCGUGACAUUCAUACGUCAUACGGUCGUAAAAUCUUGGUCGACAGAAGCGUGUGGCGCGCUAGAAUUGCCAAACAAAGGGAGGAAGCCGCACAACCUCUCAUACAUUUAUAA